GUGCCGUCAGUCAGUCACAGUCGCGCAACGAGCGCUUUAUAGUAGAGACGUUGGGUGGCGCCGCGCCAGCCCGUCGCGUGCUAGUGUUGUGUCACAGCGGUGGGCCAGGUCGGUUUCGAGAUUUCUUCGUUCCGACGUAAUUAUGGCUCUCAAUUCGGACGGUGAACAGAAAUCGAACCUGGUCCUCCGUGUGGACCAGGAUUCUGACUCGGUUCUACAGUCAUUGUUCGACACAGUGCUUAAGCCGGACUCGAAACGGCCGCUACAGGUGCCUCUCCGUAUGCGACAGCUUCCAAAGUCGUUCUUUAACCCGCCGUCAACCGGUUCCAAGUCGCCAUCUGUGUCUCACUCGCGAGAAAACUCGGCUGAUUCUGCGUUCGGGUCGUCGUCAGCGACUGGCGCCGCACCAGUUUCGCACUCUCGGGCACAUUCGUCACCAGCUAGUUUACAACAGACUUAUGCAGCGGGUCAACAGACUCAACAACCUCCGCUGCAUCAUCAGCACACGAAACAGAGGUCCUAUGAUGUCGCAACACAUAUUCCAGAUGAACUUGGCCCACUUCCACCUGGUUGGGAGCAAGCUCGAACACCUGAAGGACAAGUCUAUUAUCUCAAUCAUGUAACAAAGACGACGACCUGGGACGACCCCAGGAAGACCUUGGCUGCGCAGACAGUGACGAGUGGCGUUCAGCACCAGAGUGCCGAGACGCUACUUUCACAGACUCCUACGGCACAAACGAUAGCAACAGCACCAGCAGCGAAGAGUACAAGUAGUAACACGGCGACAGAUCCACUAGGACCAUUACCGGAAGGGUGGGAACAGGCAUCGACUCCAGAGGGAGAGACUUAUUUCAUCAACCAUGCCUCUCGUACGACAUCCUGGUUUGAUCCUAGAAUACCACAACACUUGCAGCGUACUCCAGCGGCGAAUGCGGGCGCGGCGGGUGGAGGCUGGGCCAAUGCUUCAAUACAGGCUUCUCAACAAAAAUUACGUUUGCAGUCGCUACAGCUUGAACGAGAGCGUCUCAAGCAGCGCCAGCAGGAGAUCAGGCUCCAGCAAGAACUCAUGGCUCGGCAAGUGACAUCAUCACUUUCAAGCAGUAUCGGAGCUGUGGCGAACACGGAGCUGUCAUUGGACCCGUUCCUCUCAGGAUUGACUGACCACCAGCGACAAGAAUCUGCUGAUAGCGGGCUAGGAAUGGGAGUAGCACAGUCAUAUUCCAUGCCGCACACGCCAGAAGACUUUUUAGCGAGUAUGGACGAUCGCAUGGACUGCGGUAGUGAGGCGGGCGCUAAUAUGGACUCCACUGAUAUACCGCUCGGCGAUAACCUCGACACCACAGAUUUAGUGCCGUCCUUACAGUUGAGCGAGUUGACAAAUGACAUGCUGUUGGACGAUGUGCAGUCGUUGAUAAAUCCGACGUCCAAUAAGCCUGGUAACGCGCUGACCUGGCUUUAAGCGUCGUCGCAGCUUCGCUCGCCUCCUGCGCAAUUCGGGCGCUGGCUUGCACGAUUGCGCGACCGUUUACAAGGUGCACGUCCGAUGCUCAUAAACUUUUACAUUAGAUACUAUGUUUAUUUAGCGUACUUACCACUUUACAUGGCGUCAAUUAUAUGCAGUGUCGGUGACAAUACGCUAAUGAUGGUGUAUAUUUCAAUACGAAAUACAAUAACUAGAGUAACGUAUGAAUGCCGUUUAUUUGGUUUGUGUGUCGUUGUGGUGCUGCUGUCAUCAUAUUGAUUUAAAUACAUGUAAUUAGACCAUCGCUAAUUACUCAGAAUUGGUUUUGUCGUCUCUGCAUUUAUUCGAAUGAGAUAGAAACACUGAAUUCUGUGCAAUAAGCGCAUUAUAUUCAUGAAUUGACACAUGUGUAUUUGUAUGUUUGUGCCUGAACGAGGUAACGUUUGUACUAAUCAUAAAUUCACUAAGUGUUUUUACAUUGGUGUUAUAUUAUAAUUUUUUUUGUACUGUGAAGGACAAUAAUAGUUGCCUAUUGGCCAUAAAUUGCGAGCGGUUUAUACUAAAUCAAAUGCCACGUAACGCUAUGUUAUUGACCAUGACUGUCAUGAAUGGCUAGUCAUAAUUAGUUAGAUACAAAUAGGGCGCAAGCCCGACCCUUCCCGGUCGCUGCAAGCCUCCUUUCGUAGUUGAAAGGAGUGACGUUGCAACGCAAUUUAAUAAAUAGGCUAGGAUUCCCAUGUUCUUUUUGUUUAAGAUUGUCGGAAAUCCUAUUCUUCUAAAAGUUAUUGUAAAAAUUAGCCGUACUGCCUGGUUUGAUACAAAGUCGUGUGUCUACUAAAUUACGAUUGUGAUAACACCUAUAACUUAACAGUGCCUUAUCGUGCCUUAAAGAAAGUUAUUUAUUGUGUUUUGUAAUUUAGAUGUUAAAAUAUUUCUACAUUUUUAUAUUCAGAAUUUCGAUGUAUUCAUAUGGGAUUAAUUAUAAUUAAUUAUAUACUUGUAGCAAUGUGUUUCGUCUACUUACACCGUCCUUUGGUAUUUGUUUCGAGAUUAUUCGAUAGUAGUUAAGUUUUUAUCCUUAAUGGGGGACUAGACAAAUAAUGAUUAUGUUGGCAUCUAUUAUAAUUACUUAUCUUUAAUGAAAUGGCUCGGAGAGUAAUUUGAUAUAGUUACUGGAAUCAUCCGGCUACAUAUAAAUGUAGCCGGAUGAUUCUGCUCGUGUAGACAAUAACGGAAAUUGUGUCGUUGGAGCCAUUAUGAGUUAGGCGCGACUUUUUGACAUGUGACUAUCACUAUAGCUCUUACUAUAUUUAGUGAUAUAAGAUGAAAUGAAUUUUGAUACAUUUUUCAUAUUAAUUUUCUAACUCGCAAAGUUAGAAGAUACGUUAGCUGUUUAUAGAUAGUGUGCAAUAUAAACGAAUUCAACAACUAUAUGGUGCCAACUGAGAUAACUUAUAAACAUAUCUUCACUGUCAUACAAGUAUUAUAUCGUUAACUUUAUCUUAUCGAUCUGUACAAAUCUAUCACUCGUAUAUUGUCAGAAUGUCGAAACCUUCUCAAAAUUGUGUUUUAGCCCACCUAGUCUUUAGAUGUUUUUAUUUACUUAUGAGAGUGUGAUGAAUUCUACAAUCUUUAUUGACUUAUCAUAAUGAAAUUAGGACUAUUUUAAAUGCUACAUUGAAAACUUUGCCAUAUUAGGAAAAUACUAUUACUCUUAUAAGACUUUAAUGUAACUUUCAUUUAUAUAAAAUAAGAUUUAUAAGCUUCUGUGUAACUAUUGUAAUUAGAGGUAACGGUGCUGGGUUUUGAUACAUUUAAUUUUGUAUUCUGUAGGUCCAUUCGUUAUAUUUUAUUUGUAUUCGUGUAAUAGUUCUUAUGUUCCCUAAGUUACGAUGCUUUACAUAUUGUUCGGUUGAUUAUUCUCAAACUUUUGAUGUUUACGAAGCCUCGUGAGCUGAUUCAAUUAAUGUACUGUGUAGUAUUUGAAUAUUCUUUUUGUCUGUGGCUGCGAUUGAAUAAUAUAUACAUGCCCGCAAUAUACUUAUUUACAUAAUCUGUUGCUUUAAUAACAUAUUAUGAAACAUUCCAUUUUGCUAACAGUUCACUGUGCUCGGCCGCUUUGGGCCUGCUCUGUGACGUGGCUUGUUGCAGAAUAAUAUUCUGAACAAUAUAUCAAGUGUAAAUUAUAUCGUUUAUUUCUAAGUAUAGCCUUUAUAAUUACAAACAUAUCUUUUCAGUCUGAUAGCAGAAGCAAGUUUUCUCUGUAGUGUAUGUAACUUUACUUAUAUUGAUGUUAUAACAAAGGAAACGAUGUGUAUCAAAAGCAAAUAAUUUACAAUAUCCUCAUUGUAAAUAAUUCGAUAUUCUUAUACGAAUAAUAUGAAUUAAAUAAAAUAAUACUUGUUUUAA